ACUAGACUCACUAUAUAAAAUAAAAAAGAUGAAAAAGGAGGAAAGUAUGGGCGUGAAUUUAGGGUGUAAAAAGGUGAAUAUUGGAGAGCGAGGGUUGGCAAGUGCGAACGAACAACGGAAUAAUGAGUUUUACGGCAGCCGCAACGUGAAGAGAGAGAGAGAGAGUCUUAAAUUGGGUGGAAGCAGAAACAGAAAGAGUCUUCUUAAAAAAAAAAUGAAAAAUGAAAAUAAAUAAAAGAGAGAGAAAGGGGGCGCAUCCUAAGGCAGAGAGCAGAUAUUUUUGUAUCCAUCCAAGUUUGAAGGCGUGUUGUGUUGUGUGUGUGUUUAGGGUUUCUCGAUCUUCGUCAAUAAUCCUCUUCAAUUCAGGGUUUUAGUCUUCCCAAUACAAUACAGGUUCUAUCCUCUCUCCUUUUUCGUUUUGCAUUUUCAAAUUCGAUUCUUCUCUCUGCAUUGUCUAUUCGAUGACAUCCUCUCAAUUCUGCCAGAUCCACAAGCUUUAUUCCAAUUCUUUCAAUCGCACUGUCUGAUCGUAGGGAACCACACAACUAUGCGAACUUCAUGGGCUGAUUUGGCUGCAAAUUCCGCAGCUGAAAAUGCACCUCCUCCCAUCAACUCCACGGCUCCUUCGCGGCCCGUUUACGUCCCUCCGCAUCUCAGGAACCGUCCACCAUCAGCAGAAUCCCCUGCUCCACCAUCAAGUGCAACUGCUUCUGCUUCAGCUUCUGCUUCUGCUUCUGCUUCUGCAUCUGCAUCUGGUAGUAAUGCUGGAUCACGUUGGGGUACGCCCAGAAACGAGUACCGUUCGGGCAGUGGUCGCGGCAGUGGAUGGGGGAACAGAAGUAGUGGUUGGGAUCGCGGCAGGGAGCGCGAAGUGAACCCCUUUGGCGAUCAGGAGGAUGCUGAAGAGGCGUUUGGUGAGCAGGAAAAUACAGGAAUAAAUUUUGAUGCGUAUGAGGACAUUCCUGUGGAAACCAGCGGCGAAAACGUGCCUCAGCCUGUGAAUACAUUCGCGGAGAUUGACUUGGGGGAAGCACUUAAUCAGAAUAUCAGACGGUGCAAAUAUGUUAAGCCAACGCCUGUUCAGCGGCAUGCCAUACCCAUAUCCCUUGCCGGCCGGGAUUUGAUGGCUUGUGCGCAGACUGGUUCUGGAAAGACAGCUGCAUUCUGUUUCCCCAUUAUCAGUGGGAUUAUGAGGGGCCAACCCGUGCAGAGGCCUCCUCGCGUGGUGCGUACAGUGUAUCCACUUGCCCUUGUUCUAUCACCAACUAGGGAGCUAUCAAUGCAAAUACAUGAAGAGGCUAGGAAGUUCUCCUACCAGACAGGGGUUAGGGUGGUUGUUGCCUAUGGUGGAGCUCCAAUAAACCAGCAGCUACGGGAUCUUGAGAGGGGGGUGGAUAUUCUCGUUGCAACUCCUGGAAGAUUGGUAGAUUUGCUGGAGAGAGCUAGAGUCUCAUUGCAGAUGAUCAGAUAUCUGGCCUUAGAUGAGGCUGAUAGGAUGCUGGAUAUGGGUUUUGAGCCACAAAUAAGGAAGAUUGUAGAACAAAUGGACAUGCCUCCACCAGGUGUCAGACAGACUUUGCUGUUUAGUGCCACAUUUCCAAAAGAGAUACAGAGACUAGCAUCUGAUUUCCUUUCAAAAUAUGUGUUUCUGGCUGUUGGAAGAGUGGGCUCAAGUACUGAUUUAAUUGUCCAAAGAGUUGAGUAUGUUCAAGAAUCUGACAAGAGAAGUCACCUCAUGGACCUUCUUCAUGCACAGAGGGCUAAUGGUGUACAAGGAAAGCAAGCUUUGACCCUAGUUUUUGUGGAGACAAAGAAGGGAGCUGAUGCUCUAGAGCAUUGGUUGUGUCGUAAUAGUUUUCCAGCAACUACUAUUCAUGGUGACAGGACCCAACAGGAAAGAGAAUUGGCAUUAAAGUCAUUUAAAAGUGGGAACACCCCCAUAUUGGUUGCGACUGAUGUGGCUGCACGUGGUCUUGAUAUUCCUCAUGUUGCCCAUGUGGUUAAUUUUGACCUUCCUAAUGAUAUUGAUGAUUAUGUACACCGCAUUGGAAGGACAGGGCGAGCAGGAAAGAAAGGCCUGGCAACUGCAUUCUUUAAUGACAAUAAUGCGUCCCUGGCAAGGGCUUUAGCAGAUCUAAUGCAAGAAGCUAAUCAAGAAGUACCUGCUUGGCUCUCACGGUACGCUGCUCGAUCUUCCUUUGGUGGUGGAAGGAACCGUCGAUCAGGAGGAGGUCGUUUUGGUGGCCGUGAUUUUCGAAGAGAAGGUUCUUUUAAUAGGGGUGGUUCUGAUUACUACAGUGCAGGAAACAACAUUGGUGGAUACGGUGCUUCUGGUGGAUAUGCUGGAGGAUAUGGCCCUGGGGUAACCAGUGCAUGGGACUGAUUUUGAUAGCAUUAGGUAUUAGGUGCGGACAUACACCUAUAGGGUGAAUUUUCUCCCGUUGUUUUUUGGUCUUCCUUUCAAGUUUAUGGUCUUUAAUUUAUUUUUGCCCUCCCUUGUUUCAAGCCAACAUCAUUUUGUACGGUUUACAGUUACACCGAGGGAGAUAUGGGUGUGUAUGUGGGAUUAAUACGGCAUCAGUAGAGGUCGUGUAGUGUUGGUAGGUGUUGGCCAAUGGCCAUGGCGAUUACUAACAUGAUAGGAGUUCUUUUUUACAACUUUCUGUACUUUCAUUUUGGGUGGUUAUAUUGGUUGGAGAAUGGUUGUAGAAUAUGCGGUGGGAGAGGUGGAGACUUAUCUAUACAGUCGUAUCUAUUUAUCUUUUGAUCAUAUUUCUUCCCAAUAUAUGUUUCCAUUUUGUCUUUCCCUAUUUUGAGGGGCUAAGGUUUUGUAAUAUUUUAGUUACUGAAAUGAAUGAAAAGUUUUCUUCCGUAUGUUUGUAUUGGACAUUUGUAUUAGCGAAGGUAAUAGUUGUUCAUUGUGUCGCGUUU